AGUUUUGGGAGGGGUGGAAUGCGUGUGUAUCUAUUUCAUAAUUCCGAUUUGUGGGACAUUAAUCUUAAUAAAAAUAGUGUAAUUUAUCAGUGCAUACUAAGUUUUAUUGCGAAAAUGUACUAUGUCAAUCUAUAUAAUCAUUAGUGCUAUACGAGUUCAGUUUCUUUCUUUUCUAUGGGCGUAGAUAAUCAUGCAAAAUGGCCAACGAUUUGUGGUCAUGUACCUGUUGUACCGAGGCUCUGACUUGCUGGCUGCGCCUGAAGCUGUCACCGGAGGAGAUAGAGCAGAGGUACAGAAGCAAAGAGAUCGAUAGAAUAUUGGAGAAGGACAAACAAACGCUGCGGCGACAAGUGAAGUUGUUACUGCUCGGUGCGGGUGAAAGCGGAAAAUCAACAUUCCUGAAACAGAUGAGGAUAAUACACAAAGUUAAGUUUGAGCCGGAACUGGUGCGGGAGUACCAGCACGUGAUAUACCAGAACAUUGUGAAGGGUAUUCAGGUGCUGGUGGACGCGCGGGACAAGCUCGCUAUCCCGUGGGAGAACCCGCGAAACCUGGACGUGGGCCAGCAGGCGCUACAUUUCAACAGCACGGCGUCGCUCGACAGCCGCCUGUUCAUGCACUACGCGCCGCACAUCCACUCCCUGUGGCUCGACAGGGCCAUAAAAAGAGCCUACGACAGGCGGAGAGAAUUUCAAUUGAGCGACUCAGUAAGUUACUUCUUCGACGAGCUGGAGCGCAUAGCCAGGCCCGACUACGUGCCGUCCCACCAAGACAUCCUGCACUGUCGGAAAGCCACCAAAGGCAUCACGGAGUGCACCAUCAACAUCAACAACGUCCCCUUCGUGUUUGUGGACGUGGGAGGCCAGAGGACACAGCGGCAGAAGUGGACGCAGUGCUUCGACUCGGUCACGUCGAUACUCUUCCUUGUAUCCUCGUCAGAGUUCGACCAGGUGUUGUCUGAAGACAGAAAAACGAAUCGUCUCGAAGAGGCGCUAAACAUCUUCGACACGAUCGUGAACAACGUGAACUUCAAGGGCAUCUCCAUAAUCCUCUUCCUGAACAAGUCGGAUCUGCUCGCGAAGAAGGUGGCCAGCAAGGAGACCGACAUUCGCUGGUACUACCCCCACUAUAGCGGCGACCCGCACUCCCUCCGCGACGUGCAAAUGUUCCUGCUAAACAUGUUCGCAAACGUCCGGCGGGAACCAAAGACAACGCUCUACCACCACUUCACCACUGCCAUAGACACGCACAACAUCGAGGUCGUCUUCAACUCCGUCAAAGACACCAUCCUCAACCGCAACCUCGAGUCUCUCAUGCUGCAGUGACCGAAGCGCACGCGGCCCCGAGCUCGUGAUACCUUGGCGAUGAACUCUAGCUAUCACUCACGAUCCAGCGACAGCGAGGACGCGUUCAAAAGACAAAUAUGUGAUUUUUAUUUUUUAGCCACGGUUGUAAAAUAUGUAUGUAAUUCGACGAAUAUUUAUUCGCCAAAGAUGUUUGGCUCUGUAUAGUUAUCUAAUGAAAUGAUAAAGUUUGUAUAUCAGUGUAUUUAUGACCAAAAAACAUAGAUUUUGCACUUGAAA